AUGAACUCUGCAGGCCUUGACCCGCUCAACAGUUCCGAUGCCCUGCACAUUCUCGGCAUGACGGAAGUGAACAUUGCCGCAAAGAUUUUGGCAGUCGUGCAGCCGCAGGAAAAGCGCUACAAAAGCCUGCAGGGCAUAGCUCACGACUGUAUGGUUUUGCUCAGCAAAAUCAGCACCCAGGAACUCGAGAACCCGUGGGCUGACAAGGCCGAAGAGACGCCUUCGAGAUCCGGCGAUGCGACCACAGCACAGCCGAGCACGGUUGCCAUGCGAGAGUUGCUUGACGAUGGGGCCUAUGGUAACUCUGACGAGGUUAUGCGAGAGGCAGGCUUUGAGGUGGGCUGCACGAUCAAGCGAAAGAAUGACAAAGACGAGUACAUCAUCCGUGGUGUGAAGAAGACUUAUGUGCGAGUGGAGAACCAGUCCACUGCGGCCACAGUGAAAACAAGCCUCCAAUCCUUCAUGAGCAAAGAGUGGACAAAGGUCGUUGCCAAGCCGCAGCCCUCCGUGAUCGCUGAUCUUACCCCCUUCAACCCCGAUGAGAGUUUGGAUUGGCAAGUUGAGCUUGCAGCUGAAGCCUUCAAAGGCACUCACGGCACAUUUCCGAAAAGGAAGCUCGUUCUCGUGCCGGUGACAUCCAAGAUUAUCUUCAAAAACCUUGACGACACUUCGGGGAUGCCUUCGGUGACACCUCUGCAGACAACAUGGAAAAAAGACGGCAAGCUCUUCUUUGCAGUGUCCAGCAAUCAAUUGCCGAAAGAAGAAGGCGGGCACGGAUUCCUCGCCCCGUAUUUCGCAGUGCCCACGACUCCGGACGAAGAGCAGGCCAGUUUGGAGGAGUUCAUGCACAAGGCUCCUCUCGCAAAAUGGCCGUUGUUGCGCAACAAGGCAGCCAUCAGCAUCGGCGACUCCCUCUUGAGCUACGGAGGCCGUCAGUGCGUGCGCUGA